AUGAAAGGUAAAGGGGGACCCGAGAAUGCUCUGUGCACUUAUAGAGGAGUGAGGCAGAGGACUUGGGGAAAAUGGGUUGCAGAAAUAAGAGAACCCAAACGUGGCACUAGGCAUUGGCUUGGCACUUUCAACACCUCUAUUGAAGCCGCACUUGCUUAUGACAAUGCUGCUAGAAGGCUCUACGGUGCAUCAGCCAAGCUCAAUUUGCCAACACCUCGAGUUCCUCCAUCUCCAAACAUAGACAACAACUAUUGUAAUAAAGUAGUUGAUCAUAAUUUGAUCAUUCCUCCGAGGUUUGUAUCUAACUCCAACAAGACUUCGUGUAAUAAUAAUACGGUGCUUCUUGGAGACAUGAGCUGUACUGGGGUGUUCUGGGAGAGUAGUUUAGACCAUGAAGCACAAAGUCUUACCCGGAGCACUAGUAACUUCGUUAGGGAUGAUUUUCUGUAA